AAUAAACCAUUAUUCCAUACCCUAUAUAGUUCCCUUUAAUUGUUUUAAAAAUGGGGUAAUCGGAAUUCAAGCAUUUUAAGGGCAUACUGCUCACUGAUUUUAAAUUCCCGCACAAAACGUUGAUUACAAACACUGUAAACAAGUCAUCCUUAAGCUCUUCCUUUACUUCUUAUGUUUCAGCGCGUGUAUUGCAUUGCCUGUUCUCUCCUUUACAUUUACACAUCAAAUUUUGGUGAUUCACGUCACCAAAUUGUUAAUGAAUCGACCAUAAUCUAACAGAACAUGUUUAGUUUAUAUGCAUUAACGUUCAAACUGAACGCGAAGCAUGUUUACACUAGUUGAAAUUACGAUGAAGUCUCGCGAUACUUUAACGUUCACCCUAAACGCGAAGCAUGUUUACAUUAGUUGAAAUGACGAUGAAGUCUCGCGAUAUUUCUAAAUUACGAUAAAGUCUCGCGAUACUUUAACGUUCACCAUAAACGCGAAGCAUGUUUACACUAGUUGAAAUGACGAUAAAGUCUCGCGAUAUCUCGCGAGACUCUGUGGUUGUAUGAGAUCCUCAGCGCUCACCUUCUGUCAAGAAGUUUACAAGGAGGCGGAAUGGCUAAAGUAGAGUUAACGCCGCUUAGACCGUGGGAUGAUUUCUUCCCUGGAUCUGAACGAUUUGCCAAACCAGACAUUCACGAUUUACCGAAAUGGAACAACAGAGUGGUCAGCAACUUACUUUACUACCAGACUAAUUACUUAGCGAUGGCAGUGGUCGUGUUUCUGGCUGUUGGGUUCAUGUACCCCAUUGGCAUGUUCACCGGAGCAGCAGUAAUCGUAGCAGUGUUCCUUGGCGCUGUGUGGGCUGCAGACAACAAAGCUAUAAUCAAGAACUUUAAGAAGGACAACCCUGCACUGUUUGUCUUUUUAGUGAUUUUUGCCAGCUACCUCCUUAUGUCUCUCUUUGGCGGAGUCAUGGUCUUCUUGUUGGGGAUUAAACUCCCGCUAAUCUUGAUAUUCGUUCAUGCUUCGCUGCGUCUACGCAACAUGAAGAACAAGUUGGAGAAUAAGAUGGAGAGCGCAGGGCUGAAAAAGUCACCCAUGGGCAUUCUACUGGAAGCACUCGGCCAACAGGAAGAGAAUUUAAGCAAGGUUCAAGACUUCCUGGAGAGCAAGCUCAAGGAAUGACUGCUCAAGGAAUGUUUCCUUGUUUUCAUUCUGCAUGAUCAAUAUCCAGGUGUACGGAUGAUUACAUCUCCAAAAGAUGUGUGAAAGUAUGCUUAAAUGCUUGCAGUGAGAUGUCGAUCAAGUGACAUGACAUGAGGUCAUUUACAAAUGUUGCAAAGCACAAUUUUUCUAUGAAUGUUUUUUUUUUUUUUUAAAUAGAAAGAACCAAAGAUUAUGAGAACUUUUGUGAGAUGUAGGAUGGGAAUGUUGCAGGAUUCGAUGCUAACAUGAUAAUAACUACGAUGAUGAGAGUUGCCAGAUGAGUAAACUCUAUGAGUAAACUAGGAAAUUGGCUUCUGGGCUCAAGUACCAUUAACAUGACUUGAAGGUACACUUCUUCUCAUGCCUUCUUGAUUUAUAUGAGCUUUAUUUCAUUUAUGAAAAACCAAAGUCCAUUGGUAUUAUUUCCGUGUUUUCUGUGAUUUUCCUGUAUUUGAAUGCAUCUCAUUUAACUUGAACAGGCGUGCAUAGCAGCAUGUCUUAGUUCAAGAGGAAAUCAUGCAAAGGAAUCAUGUAGACUGUGAAAGUCUUAAGUGUUGUCUUCAACAUUUUCUGAGUUACAAAAUCUUGUUUGUUAGCUGUUAAAUCAGUCAAAAAUACCACCGUUUGGUAUGAAUAAUGAAGAAAUCACUGUUAACAUGAAGUUGUGCAAAUGUGUCUAAAAAUUCAGUGUUACAUUUGGUGUGCGAGGGAUUAAUUACAACAAAAACACUCCAUGUUAUUGAAUGACAAAUGAUAAAUAAAUAAAGUGUUUUUUCCCCC